AGAGCAUUCUGGGACGUGUAGUUUCGGAGGCUUCCUGUGAUUCGGAACUUCCGCUCCGGGAAAGCGCGGAGGGGUUAUUCGCUCCGCUGGGGAAAUAAAAAGACAUAAUCCAGCGCUGUGCGUCUCCGGUGGUAUUUCGCCUACCGGAGCGCGAGAACACGAACCUCGCUGCUUUCGUGGAUUCUGGGAAAUUCGAUUGAGGCCGGGGACGUUUCACUUCCUGUAAGGGGGCGGGGCAAUGACUCCUACCCCUCUUGUGGGUCCUGGGAAAUGUAGUCCAGGAGCUCCGAAUAGUUGGAGGUAUUUCCGCUUUAGGAGGUUGCGAUUGCGGACUUCGAUUCUCUCGGGUAGAAGCAGCAGAGAUACAAGAUCUAGAAGACUAGCUCCUUUGUGAGAGUGGAUUCAGGUUCCUCCUGCCUCUGGACCUCACCGAGCCUCGGCUUUCUCGUCUGUUAUGUGGGAACAACAGUCGUGAUCAUCAUCAUUUAUUGAGAACUUUCUAAAAUGCCAGCUGAGGAGAGGCACAGAGGUGGAGGUGAUCAGACCAGCGUCACACCACUUGUACGACACUAGAUUCUUCACAGGCCUUCCUAAGACUCAGCAAUUCCCAAGGAGGAGGACAAAAUGUCCAAGUUCAAGGAGGCAGUGACCUUCAAUGAUGUGGCCGUGGUCUUCACAGAGGAGGAGAUGGGGCUGCUGGACUUGGCCCAGAGGAAGCUGUACCAGGAAGUGAUGCUGGAGAACUUCCGGAACCUGCUCUCAGUGGGACAUCAAUCCUUCACACCAGAUGUACCAUCCCAGUUAGAAAGAGAAGAAAAGCUGCAAAUGAUAAAGACAGCAGCCCAGAGCUGUUGUUCCUCAGGAAAUCAGAAUCUAAAUGCCAUAGAGACUCUUGGAGAAGUUGGAUUAAGGUAUCUGCCCCACGAAGAGUUUUUCUGCUCAAAAAUCUGGCUACAAGUUACAGAGGAAUUAACCAGGUGUCGAGAUUCCAUGGAAAUUAUUCAAGGAAUUGGUUCUCAAUUGGAAAAACAAAAUGACACACUCUAUAAAGAUGAGUUCAGUAAAGACUUCACUCAGAGUUCACAUCUUCAAGUUCAGUGCAGAGACUACACUGGAGGAAAACCCUAUGAAGGGGUGGAGUGUGGGAAGGAUUUCAUAUGGGGCUCUCACCUUCAAAUGAACCAGACAGCCUCCACAGGAGAGAAGCCCUAUAAAUGUGAAAAAUGUGAAAACACCUUCCGUCGGUUUUCAAGUCUUCAAGCCCAUCAGAGAGUCCACAGUAGAGCAAAACUGAAUAAUCAUGAGACGUCACAUACAGGUUUUAGUCAGAGGUCAUAUCUUCAUCAACAUCAAAGAGUCCCCACUGGAAAGAAUCCACACAGAUUAGAGGAGUGUGGGAGGAACAUCAGAAAAAGCUCACAUUUUCAGGCUCCUCUGAUAGCCCACCCAUUGGAGAAACCCUAUAAAUGUGAGGAAUGUGGGCUGGGCUUCAGUAAGCGCUCCUAUCUCCAUGUCCAUCAGAGAGUUCACACGGAAAAGAAACCUUAUCAAUGUGAAGAUCUUAAUGUUCAUUGUGGAAUCCACACAGGAGAGAAGCCCUAUAAAUGUGAGAAGUGUGGGAAAGGCUUCGGCUGGGCCUCAAGUCUUCUGGACCAUCAGAGAGGCCAUAGUGGUGAGAAACCCUAUCAAUGCGAUGCAUGCGGAAAGGGCCUUCUGAGAAUUCGGGGGGUAUGCCCACUCGGCUUUCUGGGCAGUGUAGUCAACAAGUUCGGUAGGCUCUCGGAGUCUUCCGCGCAGGCGCGACCCGGAGAAGGGACUUCUGGGAAGUGUCUCUCCAGAGUAGCCUCUGGAUGGAACUUCCUCUCUGGGCGGAACUUAUGCUUUGGGCGGUCCUGUUAUCCCCCUCUCCUACCUGACAGCGGGGUGAGUGGUUUCCGCUUUAUGUGA